AUGGUUGUCAUAGGACGGUGCUUUGGUAAUGCUGUCCACACUCUACAGAGCACCAUCGAGGCGGCAAACAUCAAAGUAGCCCUCACUACCAGUUUCAGGAUACAAGACUCAAACUUACCCGAUAAGAUGCGGCAAAUAAAGGACAAUGACAUAAGGAUAAUUGUUGGCAGUUUCUCGGAGGACAUCGCCUACCACGUGUUUUGUGAGGCGUACAGGCAACAGAUCUACGGGCUAAAAUAUGUGUGGCUUCUGGUUGGUGAUUUUACCAGCCAAUGGUGGGAGAAGUCGCAUAACUUCUCUGAUUGUACAGUGCAGGAACUUACAGAGGCAGUCAAUGGAUAUUUUGCGGUUAACAGCUUGAAUUUCAUCGUUGGCAACAGCAAGUCAACCUCCGGUUUGACCAACGAGAAAUUUGAGGCACAGUAUGACCAAAAGGCUAACGAAAUGAACGUGCGAGUAACCAGAAGUGCGCAUGCGCCUCAGAUGUACGAUACCGUGUGGACGAUAGCAUUGACACUGCAAGCAGCCGCCAAUGCUUCCGGUGGUUUAGAGAAUUUCCGAUAUGAAAAUGGAACAGUUUGGAAAAGCCUGUUUUUUGAUAUCAUGGGAAAGCUUACAUUUCAAGGAGUUUCGGGUCCAGUCUCGUUCACCGACACAGGCGACAGGCGUGGCAUAUCUGCCUUCACCCGAUGUCAAAAUGGCGUCAUGACCUCAGUGGCGUUAUACUAUCCAAACAACGACACGCUGUCACUGAAUUGCAAGGAGUGUAAACCUCUUCUUUGGACAGAUGGCCGACCGCCUGCCGACAAAUACUCGGUGGUGAUCCAACGGUCUCUCAUUGACCCCGUGGCCUUCUACACCAUCAGUGCCUUGUGCGGGGCGGGCAUCUUUCUGGCGCUGGUGUUCUUGUUCUUUAACCUCCUGAAUCUCAGGCGAAGGUAA